AGCUACGGUGUCUUUUCAACUUUAUUUACUGCAACGUUGAUAUGGCUGUUUAGAAUUUUCACACUAUCUGCUUUUAGUUCCUUUUUCCAGACUUUAUAAACUCAAAACCUCCCAUUACUCACACUACUUUGCAUACAAUGCUAAUACACAAAGCACCCAUUAGUUGAACUCAAACUACUGCAAUUGGAAACAGCCGUAUUUAAAAGAUGUUCGAUCUAACAAUUACUGAUUGAUUAGCUGAACAAGUUCAUAUAGUCGGUCGAUCACAACUACUUGAUAGUUUUUCAACCUAGUAAUUUAUUCGUAUCUCAUCUGAAGAUUUGCUUUUGUGAGAAUUCCAGCUACUCGUUUGAGCUUCACAUUUGUAGGGUUGUAAUGCAACCGUUAGAAGAAACGGACAACGUAAAAGUCGCCGUGCGGUGCCGGCCAAUGGAUAAGAAAGAAAUUGCGAUGAACUGUCAGUCUGUGAUUUCGGUGAGUGAACUAGAUGGAUGUGUGACAUUAAGGCGCACAAGUUCGUGUGAUGACCCUCCAAAGCAAUUCACUUUCGAUCUUGUUUUCGGCUGUGGCAGCAAACAAACUGAUAUUUACAACAUGGUAGCUAGACCAAUUGUUGAUAAAGUUUUAGAAGGAUAUAAUGGAACUAUAUUUGCUUAUGGACAAACAGGUACUGGAAAAACAUUUACAAUGGAAGGGAUCAGGUCCGAGCCAGAACUGAGAGGUAUUAUUCCAAAUUCAUUUGCCCAUAUAUUUGGGGCAAUCGCGAAAGCUGAUGCGAAUACGAGAUUUCUGGUUCGUGUUUCAUAUCUGGAGAUAUAUAAUGAAGAGGUUAGAGAUCUUCUUGGAAAAGAUCAAUUUGCACGUUUGGAUGUUAAGGAGAGACCAGAUAUUGGUGUGUAUGUUAAAAACCUAUCUUCGUUUGUUGUACACUCCCCAAAUGAAAUGGAUAAAUUGAUGUCAUUCGGAAACAAAAAUCGUGUCACUGGUGCAACUAAUAUGAACGAGCAUAGUUCACGUUCACAUGCAAUUUAUACAAUAACAAUUGAAUGUAGCGAACAUUCGGAGAAGAAUAAAACAUUACUUCGUCAAGGGAAAUUACACUUAGUUGAUUUGGCUGGAUCUGAAAGACAAGCAAAAACUGGUGCAACUGGGAAACGUUUACAAGAAGCGAAUAAGAUAAAUUUAUCGUUAACUACAUUGGGUAAUGUAAUUUCUGCAUUGGUCGAUGGUAAAUCAACACACAUACCAUAUCGUAAUUCCAAAUUAACCCGACUAUUACAAGAUUCACUAGGUGGAAACUCUAAAACUGCUAUGAUAGCAAAUAUAUCACCAGCCGAUUAUAAUUUUGAUGAGUCAUUGAGUACAUUAAGAUAUGCGAAUCGGGCAAAAAAUAUAAAGAAUAAAGCGAAGAUAAAUGAAGAUCCAAAAGAUGCAAUGCUACGUCAAUUCCAAAAAGAAAUCGAACAACUCCGUAAGCAGUUGGAAGAAGGUGGCAUACCUUCAGACCCAAAAAAUGCGGAAGAACAAAAUAGUGAUGAUGAUAAUGAUGGAAAUGGUACAAGUGAUCACAAUGACCAAGAAAACAGAUCGAAGAAGUCAAAAGGAAAUACAGUAAAACUGAGUAAACAAAAAAUGGCUGAAAUUCAACGUAUGAUUGAAGCUGACAGACGUAAGUUAGAAGAAGAGAAGGAUAUGGCUAUCGAGGAACGAAACCGUAUUCAGAAACAUCUUGAGACCAAAGAAAAUGAAUUAAGACAAGUUGAAGUAACUCGUCAUAAUCUAACAAAACGCAUGGAAGCAUUACAAAGUCGUAUAAUUGUUGGAGGUGAAAAUUUAUUAGAAAAAGCUGAAAUACAAGAAAAAUUAUUAGAAAAAUCAGCAAUUGAAUUACAAAAACAACAAUUACGUGCGGAACAAUUACAUCAAAAAUUAAAAGAAAAAGAAGAAGAACGUAUCAAUAUUGAAGAAAAAUAUAAUAAUCUACAGAUCUGCCAAUAUCAAAUUGAUGCAACUAUGGACAAAAAGUUGUAUGUUGAACAUCAAGCACUAAAUAACAUUGUGUAACCUUUAAUUGACGAUAUUCUGUGGUUCUUAUCAAAGCAACAGUUUUACACAUAGUUUCAGUCAAAUGAAGUAUUUUAACAGGAAGAAGCUGCCGGGAAGCGUAAAAAAUUACGUAAAUUAAGUACAAUAUAUUUGCAAGCCAAGUCGGAACUUGAAGAUAUGAAAAAUGAACACGCUCGUGAAAUGGAAGGCUUAGUAGAUAAUAUACGUCAAUUGGAAAGAGAAUUGGCUCGUUAUGCUCUAAUUAUCGAUCGAGUUAUUCCACAACCAUACCAGGCUCUCAUUGAACAAAAUGUACAGUGGAACGAAGAUAUAGGUGAAUGGCAAUUAAAAUGCGUAGCAUACACAGGAAAUAAUAUGCGAAAACCUGAAAAGCAAACACCUGAACCUGUAAGUUCCAAACUUUUAUUUUCCUUUAGCAACUUAAAAGAACACUGACUUAUUGUAACUAUCAGUUCAGAGUAGUAACAAACUGUCACUUACAUGCAUCUCUUUAAUAUAAAGGAACAUAAUUGAUAAUUUAAUUCACUUCAACUACUUGAAAUAUACAGUGAUGAUUAAAUUACGUCUACAAGUAAAAAUGGAGCAUAAUUAUUCUAAAAAAA